ACCAAUGAGACCAAGGAUGUGUGCUGUUCUUUCGACUGCAACGCUAAAGGAGGUCCCAAAGGACCAGUAGGAGACCUCGGAUCCAAGGGUGAAACAGGUAGACAGGGGAUGCCAGGGGAGAAGGGAGACAUCGGGGUAGAUGGAAAUUUGGGAGACCCCGGCCCUGUGGGGUACCGUGGAAUGAAGGGCGACCGUGGUGGAAGAGGUGACAAGGGCGAGAGAGGCCAUAAAGGCUACAAGGGAGACAAAGGACAACGGGGAACAGAUGGAGUUGAUGGACGUAAGGGUGAUCCAGGCUUUUCUGGUCUAGCCGGCUGUAAAGGUUCCCCAGGACCUGACGGCUCACAGGGAGACGGCGGUCCUAAGGGAGAUCCUGGUCCAUACGGAACCAAAGGAACUAAGGGAGAUCAGGGGAAAGACGGAGAACCAGGACGACCCGGUAACUACGGACUGCCCGGAAUCAAGGGUACACUGGGCCCAAAAGGAGCCAAUGGGGACAAAGGACAGCGGGGUGAUGAUGGAGCACCUGGACCGGACGGCCUCCGGGGAGAAAAAGGAACCCCAGGAGAGAAAGGAGAACAAGGAACCCGUGGAAACAGAGGACCAAGAGGAGAUUUGGGUGACCCAGGACCUCGUGGAGAUCAGGGCAGAGAGGGUUCAUCUGGAGCCAAUGGAGAGCCUGUAUGUACCAGAGGUCUCGACCUCUGA